UGAACUGACCAGCCCCGGGAAUCAACCCAUCGACCGCGCCCCGCCCACUUCCGGCCGGGGCGCGGUCGUCGUCGUCGCGUGCGCGAUGACGUUACAGUAUCCAACGGACCCCGGAAGUGCAACUUGAACUUGAUCGGGGCGCGGAUUCCCGAGAGGGAAAGUCAUAACAACCGCACGAGGGAGUUCGACUGGCGAGCUGGAAGGCCACGCCUCCUCCCGCCUCCCCCCACAGCCCUGCAGCUGGGGGCAGAGUUCAGACUGUCUUCUGAAGAUUGAUGUCUAUUUCCUUGAGCUCUUUAAUUUUGUUGCCAAUUUGGAUAAGCAUGGCACAAAUCCAGCAGGGAGGUCCAGAUGAAAAAGAAAAGACAACAGCACUCAAAGAUUUAUUAUCUAGGAUAGAUUUGGAUGAACUAAUGAAAAAAGAUGAACCACCUCUUGAUUUUCCUGAUACACUGGAAGGAUUUGAAUAUGCUUUUAAUGAAAAGGGGCAGUUAAGACACAUAAAAACUGGGGAGCCGUUUGUUUUUAACUACCGGGAAGACUUGCACAGAUGGAACCAGAAAAGAUAUGAAGCACUAGGAGAGAUCAUCACGAAGUACGUAUAUGAGCUUCUGGAAAAGGAUUGUAAUUUGAAAAAAAUAUCUAUUCCAGUAGAUGCCACUGAAAGUGAACCAAAGAGUUUUAUCUUUAUGAGUGAGGAUGCUUUGACAAAUCCACAGAAACUGAUGGUUUUAAUUCAUGGUAGUGGUGUUGUCAGGGCAGGUCAGUGGGCUAGAAGGCUUAUUAUAAAUGAAGAUCUGGACAGUGGCACACAGAUCCCUUUUAUUAAGAGAGCUAUGGAUGAAGGAUAUGGAGUAAUAGUGCUGAAUCCCAAUGAAAACUAUAUUGAAGUUGAAAAGCCGAAGAUACCUGUCCAAUCAUCUUCUGAUAGUUCAGAUGAACCAGCAGAAAAACGCGAAAGAAAAGAUAAAGUCUCUAAAGAAACAAAGAAGCGACGUGAUUUCUAUGAGAAGUAUCGUAACCCCCAAAGAGAAAAAGAAAUGAUGCAGUUAUAUAUCAGAGAAAAUGGCUCUCCUGAAGAACAUGCAGUCUAUGUGUGGGACCAUUUCAUAGCCCAGUCUGCAGCUGAGAAGGUAUUUUUUGUUGCUCACAGCUAUGGAGGACUUGCUUUUGUUGAACUGAUGAUUCAGCGAGAAGCAGAUGUGAAAAGUAAGGUGACUGCCGUGGCGUUGACAGACUCUGUUCACAAUGUGUGGCAUCAAGAAGCUGGCAAAACGAUUCGAGAAUGGAUGAGAGAGAACUGUUGUAAUUGGGUCUCUAGCUCAGAACCAUUAGACACAUCAGUGGAGUCCAUGCUGCCUGACUGUCCCCGAGUCUCAGCAGGCACCGACCGCCACGAGCUCACUUCCUGGAAGAGCUUCCCGUCUAUUUUCAAAUUCUUCACCGAAGCCUCCGAGGCCAAGAGCAGCUCCCCCAAGCCGGCUCUGACGCGGCGCUCGCACCGAAUAAAGCACGAAGAGCUGUAAGAGGAGAGCGAGAGCGAGGACGCGGAGGGGGGCGGGGGGGCGAGGAAGCGCCCCCGGAGCCGGCGUCCCCCGCCUCACCCCUCCACACACAGACCAACACACACCCCCCGCCGGGCCCGGCGAGCCGACUCCCAGCCCCUCAUUAGAUUGUUUUCCCCCUCGGGCCACAGGGCCGUGAUAUAUAUAUAUAGAGACACAGCUAAACGGCGUUCGGCAUUAUUUCUAGAUGAGUGCAACUGUCAAAGCAAUCCGGGUGCACCGGUCGCGCCGGCGCUUCCUGCGGGCCGAGCCCGCGGCUCCGCGCCGACCGAGGCUGACGGCGCCCUGCCCGGCGCGGCCCGCGCGCCCCAGACGGUCCAGAAGGAGCCGGCGCUGGCGCUGAGGGACGAGCGGCGUCCGCGCGGUCCUACCGCCCGCCUUCUCCGCGCCGCUCCCGCGGCCCCCGCCCCCCACCUCCGCCACACAUAUACUUUACCCAGAAUCGUGUCCAUUUUUCUCUCUCCGAACCCAAGCAAACUUUUUAUUCUAGACUUAAAAACUCCCAUUUUCAAUAGGAUUUUCCCUAAGGACUUCUUAAGUCUUUUUUUUGUUGUUUGUUUUUUAAAGAAGUUAUACAGUUCCCUAUCCAAAACCAAACUCAAACCCCCCAAAGCCAAGUUCAAAUUCAGAACAUGCAUGCGGUGAUGUACUGUGUAGUUUGGGGAGGGCAACUUGUGCGCUCCCUAACAAUCCUAUUUUUGAGACCAGAAGUGCACACACACACACCCUAAAAAACAAAAGGAUAAAGUACCGAAUCCACGUUAUGGCGGAAAAUCCUUGCCAGUUGAAUAUGAGACUUUACACAGGUCUCUGAUUGCAGAAGAGAGUGUUUAAACCAGUGCGUGACGAUGAGCAAAUCGUUUAAGUAUAUGGGUGAAAGGUUUCAUUUUCAGUGCAAUUUCCAACUUCAUCAUUAGAAUUUACUUUCUAAAAUACACUGUGUAUUGGGUAGCAUUGUAAUUUACAUAGCAUAGUUAAGUCUUGUUUAAAUCUUAAUGUAGAGGAAGUUUGUUGUUGUUAAUCCUAACUGGAUUAUGUUCUGAGCUUUGGGGGUGGGGGGUUGUUAGGCCUUUUUAGGGAGAUAAUUUUUUAUCCUCAUCAGGAAAAUGAACUUGUGUGCUCUUGAACCUUUUCCUUCUGAAAGACUUAGUGGAGCUAAGAUGAUUCUUUUUAGUUUUCUGCUCCAACAGUAUGAAAGACUUUUCUCCUCCCAACCUAAUGGUAUAAUUCGUAGUAGUCCUCCUCUGUAACGUUUUGCCCUACAGUUUCAACAGUUAAGUUUUUUAGUCCAGCUAAGAUCUGGCCAACAACACUGUGAAGUAUAAGGUAAAAAAAAAAAAAAGUUAAGAUUUUGCUGACUUUUAAAUUCACAUGUUAAAUCUUAACAUUAUCAAUUUUUAAUUGCUUGUAGAAUUUAAUUACCUAGAGAAGAUUCUGUUUCGAAUAAGUGAGGAUCUGAAUUUAAUAUUUUUCCAUCCUUUUUUAAAGAUAUGCAACAAUAUGCCUGCCUUAUUUGAGGACAUGAUAAAAUGUACCCAAAAUGACUUAGGACUGUCUGACUCCUCAGAAGAAUAACUUUAAAAAAAAAAACCAAACCUCAUUGUUUUUAUAUUAUGAAUCGAUUUCAGCAAGUUUUAAAACUGAUAGUAUCUGUGUUUGGUACACAAGUGCUUUAAUUAGUUCUCAUAAUUGUAAUGAUGCUAAGUUAAGGUGAUCUUUCUUCAGUAGUCUUAUAUGAAUAUCUUUUGAUGUUAUUUUAGCAGAAACAACAUAGGUGGAAAACUCAAAACAUCAUUUUAUCCAAGUCCUUGAGAUGUAUAACUCCAACAAUGUCAAGCAUGUUGGUCUGCAAUCUUUUUCUGUUUUGGAAGUAAUGGUGAACUGUGUUAAUUAAUGGUACCUUCCACAGACAGGCUUUGAGAAUUGAUAUGGACUGUAUGUAUUUUUCAGAGUGUUACAAAUUGUGUGGUGUUUUCAGUAUCUGAAAAUGUUCACAGGGAACUAAUUUUAUUGUUUGUUUUUUUUAAUCAGCACUUGUACAGUAGUCAGUUUGUGAAGCUUCUCCAACUGAAUUAGAGCAAAUACGCUCCGGUUAUAAACCAAAUCACUCCUAUUCCUUCUCUUCAGUUUUCUCACCUCUCUCUUUAAAAACUGGAGUAAAUCACUGUUUAAAUUGCCUUUGAAACUACUGUGUUGUUAGGCCUUAUUUAACUAUCUAUAGAGAGCUAUUUGCAAACUUAAGUUGUGUAAAUACAGUUUCUACUUGUGGAUCUAAGCUGUUGCCACCGGGAGAGAGCGAAGCAACCCACCCUAGACCUCCAGCUGAUUAUUGGUAAGAUUCCUUGUAAUGUGGAUUUUUUUAUAACCUGUUGAUUAUAGGUUUCUUAGUAUGAAUAUAAUACUAUUAUAUUCACCUCAAUUUUCCCAGAAUAACAACAGUUAGUUGGUAGUAGCCCGCCUGCUUGAACGAGAUAAGGGUUAACAAAGUUUCUGCUCUGAUCUCCCAUUCUGAUUUCUUUAGACAAGUUUUCAGCAGAGUAGAGGUUUAAAGUUUGGAAGUGGGCUUUUAUCUUUCUUUUUUUAAUUGUAUAGUGAGUUAUUAGAGGAAGUGUAAUGGGAAGCAAGGAGUUGCUGAUAAAUCUAAGGUUCAGAAUAGUCCUGUUAAAACUUAAAAGCCAGAUCCUGGCUUUGGAGCUUUCUAAAGGUACAGAACCAUAUAGCCAUUAAAGGUAUUCAUGGAUAUUUGAAUGGGGAAGGAGGAGAUGUACUUGUAAUAAUUAUUCUUUUCUCAAGUUUCUACCUUGUGCUUCAACUUGGAUUACAUUAUUGUUUAUACCAAAAGAAAACUAAAGCACAGGAGUUUCCUAUAUAUGAUAUAUUUCUGUUUACUAUUUUAAAAUAAAAAACAAUUUUCCCAAUAUUCAGUGAUGUGUUAUUCUUGUUCAGAAGUUCAUUUUGUCACACAUAGAGGUCAAUAAAAGCAGAAAUUUAAAAAGAAUGAUGGGACAGCAUUUAUCAAUAUUUUAAACCUUAUAGCUGCUUAUUAUUACUAUUAUUGCUGUAAAGUAAUAUCCUAACUUCAGUUGAGUCACUCUUUAGGUUGGAACUUUCACAAAGCUAAUGUUUUUAAGACCUGAAAUAUCUCCUUAGCUACAAGGAAAUUAGAACCUGUUGUUAAACUAUCAUUUUAUAAAAUAUACUUUACUAUAUAUGGUAAACAAAUGUUUUCCAGAAGGAGUCUGCUGAGAUUAAAUUGCUCCCAAAUCCCUAUAUAGAUCCUGGAUGUAUUACCUCUAGUCUAAAAAUAUCUUGUUUACAUGUAUUUCACAGCUUUUCCUUCUUUAAAACCUGUAACUCCUUUGAGGGAGUGUGGAUAACAAAAUAAUGUUUCCUGUAUUAUCAGUGCUAAUAAAUUAGAAUGUUUCA